AUGUCUCUCAUCUUGGCAUAUCAGAAAAUUCUCUCAGCAUGGGUGGAAGGCCGCUUGGAAAAUGUUCUUCAGCGUCAGAAAGAACUUUCUAGCUUGCAUGCAAUAAUCAAAAGGGAGAAGCCGGCGUUGAUCAACGCACUACGUCAAGAUCUCUAUACUACCGAGGCAAGUGCCUCCGAUGAGGUUAUCUCCUCGCUGAACGCUAUCAACCAGCUCUAUGAAGAACUAAGCUUUCCAGCCACAUUGGCCAAAGAAAGAUCUAUUCAGGCUGGCAAGAAUGCUCCAACCAACCUUGUUCCCUUGGGGCCAGUCUUGAUUUUGGCCUCACCACACUGUCCGUUAUCAUCCAUAAUUAUCCCACUAGCGGCUGCAAUAGCAGCCGGAAGCUGCUCCCUUGUUGUUCUUAACACUACUUCACUGCAUACCAACGAGAAAUUGCGGAAGAUUAUCGACACAAGCCUCGAUCAAGAAGCUAUUGGGGUAGCCCCCGAAGGGAAAUCUUGGGACAACGCAGAAUUAUGCUCACUGUGCUUCGGUGUUGCUGUCCUUCAAAACCUGGAAAGCAGCUCGGAUGUUGCCGCCAGCCUGCGGAUCGUUAACCCUGCUAUUCGGAUCCAUGCUCCUUCGUCUGGUCAUCCUGCCGUCUUCGUUGAUCGCAGCACUCCUGAUUUGGAAGCAGUGGCAUCGAUUAUUGCAGAUCAUGUUAUUCAAGCUCCACGGAAGCACACAGGUCGCAUACCAAGGAUCUGCUUUGUAGAUGAAUUCAUCAUUGAUGCACUGGCACAAAUGGUUCACCAGAUCCUGUCCGAGAGGCACACCGAACAAUUGAAUCAAGUGGAAUAUAGCGAACUCACUCAGCUUAUUGGGAACAUGUUCCGCAUCUCUCAACAAUCAACUUUCACAUCUCCUGGCUCGAAUGAUAUUGCCAACCUGAUCGUUGUCAACAAAACCAGCAACGUGACUGCGGAUACCGUUACAAAGGUUGCCGGCACUUUAACCUCCCACUGCCAAGGCGCUCUGUUCAUUCCUACCACAAGUCUUGACCACGGAAUUGAUAUUUGGAACAAAUUGAAUGGAGGAAACGCCUCCCAAGCCACAUACAUCUUUGCAGCCAGCAGAGAGUCGUUUUAUCUAUCGCAUUUCCUCAACUCUGACCAUUUCUUCGUCAAUCAUAUUCCAUCUGACACUUACGGAAUUGUUGCUCCAUCUUCUCAAUACGAUUCGUCCGAGCUUCCCUUCCGAAGAGAGGCCUUUUCAAUCAACAAAUCGAUUUUGCAAAAGCCUCUUCAUCAUGCCGGUACCAACAACGGUUCAAAGGUCACAGCCAUCACAUCACAACUUGGCUACCUGAACUUGAAUAAGAUUCGUCAGUCCGCUGGAGGAAGUAUGUCUUACUUCGAACAGGGUUUGAUUGUGGGCAUGGCUUCUACCGUGAUCUCCUUAUUCGCUGUCUCCUAUGUUGCAUUCCAAGGGCUGAAGCUUUUGUUUCACUAA